AUGGAUAUCACAGUUUAUAUAAUGUAUGAAAAAGUUGAAUAUGAAAGUUUUAAAAAACUAGAAAAAGUAAAAAAUUGGUUGCAAUUGGUUGUUAUGGCAACUGCUUUUUUAGUUUCAAUUAUUAUUUUUUGAAUCCCUAGUGUAUACCACAUCUAUAAUGUCUAAAAAGGAAAAGUAAGUUAUUUGGAAAUAUUUGAUUACUCGUUUUUAAAAUGAUUUUCAAAUGAAAAACAUUUUUUUAUUAAAGAUUCCAAAGAAAAUGUAAAUUAGUUUAGAAAAUCUAAGAAACGCGAAAAAACUCCUGAACCAGAGCCUGAAUAUGAAGAUGACUUUGAGGAUUAUGAGGAUGAUUUUGAAGAAGAUGAUGAUGUUGAAAAAGAAGAGGAAAAACAAAAUGCCAUAGGUGAAUCACCCGCUGAUAUUAAAAAUAAUGAACCUGGAUAUGAAAGUGAAAUAAUGCGAAGGUUAUCAAAAACAAAAGAAGGGCCAGCGAAAAUUCAGGAAAAGCCACAGCCAAUUGCACCACAGAUUACAUUUUCAGCGGUUUGUAAAUGGAACUAUAAAAAACAAUUGGAAAAAAUACAACCUUAUUUCAGAUAAAUAAUACACCUUAUACGCAUUACAACGAAGAGGAGAGAAAAAGCGUGGAGACAAGAGCAUUCGAAAGAUUACAAAAACUUCGAGGAUUGAUAAGUAAGUCGAUAAAAGUCUCUCGUUUUGAUUUCUAAAAAUUGAAAACAGAAAAAAACCUCGGUGAGAGUGUGAUUUACGCUUUUAGGCCACUAGAAAAGAAAAACUGAAAAAAAACGUGAAAUUUUUUGAUCGUCAUACGGUAAGCGAUGUGUGCAUUUGUGCGUCGCGGUGUUUACGCAUAGAAUAUUGAUUUCAGCACCUUUUUCGAAAAUUUAAGUGUGUUAACACAUGUUCGAGGAAUUUUCAGAAAAUUCUGAUUACACCACUUGAUUCACCUCGUCGAGUCAGAAAAACUAUUGCCUAUUUCCGAACCGCAUUCUCGCAACAGUUUUAGGCUGAAAUCUAAAUUUUCGGACAGAAAAGAAAAUAUUUGUACUGAAGCUAAAAUAAAUCCCUGAAGAGUAUUUUAAAUUUAAAUUUAGGCAUUGAAACAAGCAAAUCUGUGGUAUUCACCGAUUUAUCAUCCAAUAUUUUCGAACCGAUACAAUCAAUCUCAUCAAACUCGGCAAAUGCAUUCACCCAAACUGGACAAGACUCGAAAAACAUCGAAAUUCAGACCGAAAUCGGAGACGUCGAGGACAAAGAAAUGCAAUUCCCUCACAUUGAAGAAUCAUUCAUCAAGCAUGAUUUGGAUCGAGAAAAAACUCCAGAAGACAGACAGAGAUUCAAGAAGUUUUUCUUUGCCGCAACGCAGGUUGGAAGAAAAAAGAGUUGAGUACAACAACUUUUUUUUUAAUUUCAGACAAUUCGAGAAAUCCUAAUCUCCUCUGACAAAAUCAACGAGGAAGAGGAGAUUCGCGAAAAAUCGAUUCUCAAAUUUUCACGAGGCUUCAACUCAUAUCACUUUGGAACAAUUACAGAGAGUUAGUUCUGAAAUUCAUUUUCUGCGACAAAAAAUCGGAUUUUUCAGAGCACAUAGCGAGUUGUAUUCGCCUCGGUGAACCGGAUAGUAUCCUGGUUGCUUUCGAGAUUUUCGGCUCGCCUGCCCAAGAUCUUCUGAACAAAAGUUUGAUCGUCGAAUUUUAUAUUCAUCGAAAACGACCGCCAAAAAGAUUAUUUGUUGUUGAAAGUGUGGUGGUUGAUAUGUUUUUGAGUGUCACUACCAAUAUUUUAUAUGUUUGUUUGGUAAGUUUUUACUUUAAAAUGGCUUGGUUGGGAUUGUCUUUUGGAAUUUUGAUUUCCAUAAAAAUUCUGAAAAUUUUGCUACUUGAAUAUCAAAAAAUUCAAAACAUUUUUUGCAGAAAGAUGGAACUUUGUGCGCCUUCGAUACUUCAAUAUCCGACGCUUCUCUCGAUGAUUUUCUACCUUGGACAGGUUCUUAAUUGAAAUACAAAGAACAAUUUAAAACUCACAUUUCCAAAAUUUCAGAAUCCCAAAACGACAUUGCACUUCGUCGUCCAUCAUUCGAUUCCUCAUUUCUAGCCACAACAAUUUCAGAUGCGAGUCCAAUUAUUGGAAUGUCGAUUAUAAAAUCACAGUGAGUUGUAGUCAUAUUUAGAAAACAAAAGUAUUAAUGUGUCUGGUGUAAAAAAAGUUUGUUCUUACAUUAGUCACCUUGAAAAAACAUAUGUAUCAUUUUUGGCAGAUGUUACCAUCUGGCAUAGAAGGUAAAAGUAGAGACUAAUAGCAAGUUAUGACGUGGAUAAAGUUUGGAAUGAAAUUACGGUUUAUUAAACAAAUUUUCAAUUUGAAAACGAGAUUAACUGUAAUUUCUAACAUGACCAAUUUCGAACGAAAAAAAUCGUAAAAUAAGGGAUCAAUUUUUGAGAGUUGUUGAAUUGUUUUGUCAUUCCAAAAAAAAACCUCUCAGAUUUGUUUUUCUAAACCGAAUGAGAUCACAAUUCAAGUUUUUCAGAGUUGGUGAAGAAAUAACAACAAUUGAUGCAACUGGAACAGUUGCUUAUUGGCAAUCAACACGUCAUACAAAUAAUAAAAAUGAGAUAAAUAUUCAACUCAGCGCAGUGAUUCGUCCACAUCCGAUCCUCAAAAGACAUUCCACAUCUUUCGCCAUUUCAGCGUUUUGUCAAACUGAAAAACCUGUCAGAUUUUUCAUGGGAACUGACACUGGAAUACUGUAUAGUAUGUAUAAAUCGGAUACAUCGCAAGCGAUGCCGAAAAUCUAUAAAACGGAGAAGGAAAAAUAUGGGGAAAUUACGGGAUUGGCUGCAAAUCCAGUGGAGAAUUCGGUGAUUCUUGUUGGAUUUUCGAGUGGAUCUGUGGCGAUUUAUCGAACUUCGCAAAGUUCGCCAAUUAUUCAAUUGAUUCGAAAUGAUUAUUCGACGAGAGCGAUCAAUGUUAUGUGGAGUCGAUUGUGAGUUUUUUUGAAAAUUUUGAAAGGAUAGGAUGAUUUGUUGAAAAUUAUGUAGUGAAAAAAGGCUGCUGAUUUCAAAGUUUCCAAUUCCUAUAAAAUAUUUUCAGUAAUCCAUCGGCAUUUUAUGUGAUUCACGGUGAAAAAACCAUCGUAACAUGGGAUUUAUCACAUUCAACAACAGCUAGAUGGAUUGAUCAAUUACCAGAACACGGUGCAAUUUUGUCAACUUGCACCUGGAAAUCUGAUAUUUCAACAUUGACAUUUAUGGGAAUUUCAUCAGAUACUGGAAAUGUUGAAAUGCAUGUUCUUGAAAACCCGAAUCCCAAAAAUAAGGGUGAAUCGAUUUUAAGUGUUUUGAAUCGUGUUAAAAAUAUUUGA